GGCAUUUUGUGUGUAUGCUUCUCUUCAAAACACAUUGACCAUGGGCAUCGUCAGGUUUGUUGUUGGUUUCUGUCUGGUAGUUCCCGGAGUGUAUGGAUUUUGUUUUUCUUCGUUUGGAAGGGUAGAUGUAACAGCAACCGGUCGCAGAGUUCCAGUAUGUGAAUUCAAUGGAAUUGACUUUCUGGAUGGAUCUAAGUUCACGACAACGGGGUGUAAUGAGUGCGAGUGCAAAAAGGGCCAUCUGCAUUGCUGUGGUAUUGGUGCAAACGCUGGUAAAAUAAAACCCCGUCCAAACUGUAAGAUCUUGAAAGACGGUUGUAUCGCAAGAGAAGUUAGAAUAUCCGAUGAAACACUGGACUGUGUCACAGGAAAGCCUUAUCGGAAUACCUCCGAUGGCGUUACAUUUCCAACUGCCGCGACACCUCCUCCUAAUCCUGUACCCACAACGACUGACACAGUAGGGGGUGUAGCCAUAGGCCAUGUACACCAUUCUAAAUCACCUAAAGGCAUUAUAAAUCCCAAUUCCAAUGGUCUUGCAUCCCUGGAGAAAAUUUUCGGCACCAUCGCUAACAACGCUCAGAAGGGAAAACGUACAACGUUUGACGACCUGAUGCGUGAUAUGUCUUCCCAAAAAUUUCCGAUCCAAUCAAAUGUCGUUUAUCCCCAAGUUCCACAAUAUCCAUCGACUCAGCACAGCAGCAGCUUCCAAAUGUUCGAUCCCUAUGUACCAAACGAUGCUUGGUCAAACUGGUUGAUGUACAAUGGAGUCAUGGAUGGGUCCUUUUAGAGUAAUUAAGGAAACAAUGACGUCAUUCUGCGCAACAACUUGCACAGUUCAUGGAAUUUAAUGCAUUUAUCAAAAUUUCAUUUCAACAUCAUGAAUUCCAUACUUCUUACUGUAUGAAUUUAAUUUUAAAAACUUUCAAGUAUAUUGCACUACAUACAGUAUCUAAAAGGGACUAUAUUUUGCGGCGUGUUGUUUCUUUGUUCUAAGAAAGGCAUUAAAUCAGUAUAAUUGUC